CGCAUGCAGUCCAUCGACACUCUGGAGGGUGGUCCCAGUGCAUUUUCAGUCUCCAACCGGGUAGAGGCCGCUCGGUGGAGGAGACCCCUAGGGCGCACGGAGUACCCCAAUCUCCUACGCAACGAAAGGACUUCCUUGCGCGCGGGCGCGGGACACUCCCUCCCGGGCUCGGCCCCAGCCUCGCAGGGACACGCGGCAGGCCGGCAGGCACCGGCCCCGGCCCCCGGGUGCUGCCCUCCCGGUCCCCCAACUCGGGGACUACAAGUCCCAGCAGCCCCCGCAGAGGGCACCUCCCGCCUCGCGGCGGAGACCCCCGGCCACCCCGGCGGAGGGGCUCGGGCUGCGCUCGCGGCGCGGCCGGGCGGGGAGGCCGGUCCCGCGGGCGGGGGCGGGGGCGGCUCCGCGGCUUCUCCCGCCGCCGCCGCCAAGGGGAGUUUCCAGGAAGUGGCCAUAUUGGAUCCAUUCAGCCGCAGCCGCCCGGGCGGAGCGCGUCCCGCAGCCGGCUUGUCCCCGUCGCGGCCCGGGUGCUCGCCCCGGCUCGCCCGCCCGGAGCGGAGCUCGCCAUGGCGGCCACUGACCUGGAACGCUUCUCGAAUGCAGAGCCAGAGCCCCGGAGCCUCUCCCUGGCCGGCCAUGUGGGUUUCGACAGCCUCCCCGACCAGCUGGUCAGCAAGUCGGUCACUCAGGGCUUCAGCUUCAACAUCCUUUGUGUGGGGGAGACUGGCAUUGGCAAGUCCACACUGAUGAACACGCUCUUCAACACGACCUUCGAGACUGAGGAAGCCAGUCACCAUGAGGAGUGUGUGCGCCUGCGGCCCCAGACCUAUGACCUCCAAGAGAGCAAUGUGCAGCUCAAGCUGACCAUCGUGGACGCCGUGGGCUUCGGGGAUCAGAUCAAUAAGGAUGAGAGUUACAGGCCCAUAGUUGACUACAUCGAUGCGCAGUUUGAAAACUACCUGCAGGAGGAGCUGAAGAUCCGCCGUUCGCUCUUCGACUACCAUGACACCAGGAUCCACGUCUGCCUCUACUUCAUCACGCCCACGGGGCACUCCCUCAAGUCCCUGGAUCUGGUGACCAUGAAGAAACUGGACAGCAAGGUGAACAUUAUUCCUAUCAUUGCCAAAGCUGACACCAUCUCUAAGAGUGAGCUCCACAAGUUCAAGAUCAAGAUCAUGGGCGAGCUGGUCAGCAACGGAGUCCAGAUCUACCAGUUUCCCACGGAUGACGAGGCUGUUGCAGAGAUUAACGCAGUCAUGAACGCACACCUGCCCUUUGCGGUGGUGGGCAGCACCGACGAGGUGAAGGUGGGCAACAAGCUGGUGCGAGCGCGGCAGUACCCUUGGGGAGUGGUGCAGGUGGAGAACGAGAAUCACUGCGACUUCGUGAAGCUGCGGGAGAUGUUGAUCCGGGUGAACAUGGAAGAUCUCCGCGAGCAGACGCACAGUCGGCACUACGAGCUCUACCGGCGUUGCAAGUUGGAGGAGAUGGGCUUCCAGGACAGCGAUGGUGACAGCCAGCCUUUCAGCCUACAGGAGACAUAUGAGGCCAAGAGGAAGGAGUUCCUGAGCGAGCUGCAGAGGAAGGAGGAGGAGAUGAGGCAGAUGUUUGUCAACAAAGUGAAGGAGACGGAGCUGGAGUUGAAGGAGAAGGAGAGAGAGCUCCACGAGAAGUUUGAACACCUCAAGCGGGUGCACCAGGAGGAGAAGCGCAAGGUGGAGGAGAAGCGCCGGGAACUGGAGGAGGAGACCAACGCCUUCAACCGCAGGAAGGCGGCGGUGGAGGCCCUGCAGUCUCAGGCCCUGCACGCCACCUCCCAGCAGCCUCUGAGGAAGGACAAGGACAAGAAGAACAGAUCAGAUAUAGGAGUACAGCAGUCGGGCAUGAGCCUCUCCAACUCUAAGGUGAUGAUGACCAAGGCCAGUGUGGAGCCCUUGAACUGCAGCAGCUGGUGGCCCGCCAUACAGUGCUGCAGCUGCCUGGUCAGGGACGCGACGUGGAGGGAAGGAUUCCUCUGA